UUUUUUUUGAAUAAAUAUUAAUUUGAAACAUACCUCAGACAAUCUCACUGAUCAACAAAUGUCAACAUCCAAAUUAAAUAAAAUUGAAAAAGAUGGCAAUCCUUCCAACAUUAAGGUUGUAGAAGCACGCCAAGCAGUAUUACUUCUUAAAGGCUACUCAGCUCGUAAUGAAUCUACAAUGUGGUUUUUAGAACAUAUGUUCCGACCUUUAACAUUGAAUACAUAUGAUAACUACCAACUUUUAUACUUAUCACCAAAUAUUAAACCUUUUUGGGAAAAGAAAAAGGAUUCAAGACAAGUGCAAACAGAAUUAAUAUCACACGAAAUGAGCACGGAUGAAGAUCCUUCUAAAUCAUUAUUAAACCAUGAUAUGGCAUCAGAAAAUGAUAAAAUGUAUAUUAUCACUCCCCGUACAAGAAUUUUAACUGUUGCAAAAGAACAUAAUUUUGUUUUUAUGAUCGAUCUAAGCUCUAGUUUGGCUACUAUAGACACGAACUCCGGAAAAGUGAUGAUAGGGCAUACAUUUAAUAUAAUCAAAAAUAUUAUUCAAGGUCUUAUCAAACCCUUUUCUCUGGAUCCAAAUGAUGUCUCUUCUCCAUUUAUUAUUGAUUGUAUUGUAAGAAUUACUGUUAUUGCAGAAUGCUCACAAUUUGGAUCAAAUAUAAAUGUUAUACCCAUUCUAGCUGAAUACUCAACAAUAAGAGUUUUAUUACAAAAUACGAUUGUGUCAAUUGAUAAUAUAUCAACAGUAUUAAAUGUUCUAAAAGAUGCGAUAGAGGCCUUUAAAAAGGAUUUAGGAACAUUCAGGAAAAAUUUAACAAUAAAACGUUCGAAAAUGGGAUAUGAAUUAGAUGUACGAGAUGAUCAUACUCCAACUGUUACAGAAAACACAGACUUAAAUUUUAACCUGAAUAAAUCUAGUCACUCAUCAUCAAAUGUAUCUCUAAAGCAAACACAGCAAUCUCGAAAAAACUCGUUAAAUUUGUCAAAGUAUGACAAUACUUCUGCCCAUAUAGUAUCCGACAAUAAUCACUCAAAGAGUGAAUCAGUAUCAAAUAAUAAAUAUCAGCAAAAUAAAAGAACAGAUAAUAGCUUUAAUAAUAAGAAAACGACCGAGACUAGCCAUCAUUAUCGUCAUCAUCAUAGUCGUUAUCACAAGCAUAAGCACUCAUCAUCUAUAUCAGAUUCUAUUGAAAGUGUUCCAAGUAACGUAAAGAGUCCAAUUAGACAGUCAAUUGUUAAAGAUGGAAAAGAUGUAUGGGGUGUUGGUAAAACAGGGACAGUCAUCUCUUAUAUUAGUGACUGACGGCGUAGUAAAGUCAAAUAUUCAAGAUGAAUUUGUUACUCGUCAAAUUAUAUCUGAAAAUAUAACAUGUAACGUUAUUCAACUUGGACAACAUGUGGAUUUUUUUCCCGGUUU